CGAGACCGUGGUUAAUGAAGCACGGCAACGUAUUCACGUACCAGCACUACGAUCUUUGGUGAGAACAGUAGCGAAGAAAUGUCAACAGUGCGCUGUUUACAAGGCUCGACCAGCUAUUCCCAGGAUGGCACCGCUACCGGUGGCCCGAUUGUCGUCGCAAGUCCGUCCCUUUUCGAACGUAGGGCUGGACUACUUUGGUCCGUUAAUGGUGCGAGUUGGAAGGAGUAACGUGAAAAGGUGGGUAGCUCUCUUCACGUGCCUUACGGUGAGAGCCGUCCAUCUAGAACCUGUUCACAGCUUGACUACCGAAUCCUGCAUUGCUGCUAUACGCCGAUUCAUCGGCCGAAGAGGUGCCCCAGCCGAAGUGCACAGUGACAAUGGGACGAACUUCCAGGGUGCCGAGAAAAUACUUCGUCAACAAAUCAACUCCGGUGUUGAAGCCACAUUCACGAAUACUACCACAACGUGGCAUUUCAUUCCCCCGGCUGCUCCCCAUAUGGGUGGAGCUUGGGAAAGGAUGGUCCGGUCCGUCAAGCAGGCGUUGUUGGAAGCAUACCACGAUAAACUGGACGACGAGAAACUGCAAACACUACUGGUUGAGGCCGAAUCCAUCGUCAAUAGUAGACCGUUGACGUAUUUGCCGUUAGACUCCGCGGAGAGUGAAGCGAUUACCCCAAACCACUUCCUGCUGGGUAGUUCCGAUGGAGUAUGUCAGCCGAUCGUUGAAACGGAAUGCAGCAGCAAACUACUUAGCUACUCAUGGAGUCAGCUUCAGAAGCAGUUGAAUACGUUCUGGAAGAGGUGGACUCUUGAGUACCUGCCAACUCUGACGAAACGCACUAAGUGGUUCGGGGAGACGAAACCGAUCGAAGCUGGAGCCCUAGUAGUACUGGUAGAGGGCAGUAGGCGAAAUGGUUGGACCCGAGGUAGAGUCUUGCAGCUGAUAACAAACCCGGAUGGUAGAUGUCGCCAAGCGUUAGUACAAACUCGAGAUGGAGUAUUUCGUCGACCGUUGUCUCGCCUAGCAGUCCUGGAGGUUGGAGAUGGUUGCGGAACCGAGUCUACCGGAUUCCACCGGGGGGAGGAUGUUGCGGCAAGAGUGGAGAAAACCGAGUGCUGCCUGUAGCUGUCAUCAGAUUGACAUUUCGAUCUGGCAACAUUGACCGUUGGAGCGGGGGCAGAGUGAAAAUUUAUCUUUGUUGAGAAAGUACCGUUAUGAUAGUUUUGAGAAAAAGUACCACGCGACGCAACAGUAGAAAAGUUUGUUGAUUUAGUGCGGCAUUAAGAGGUUUUCGGUUGUUUUAAAGUUAGAAGAUUUGUGAACCUUUAUUGUACCAGCUGGAGGGACAAAUUCGUAGCCAGGACAAAUUUAGAUUUGCCUUUGAUCGAGGUGUAAAGCCAUUAUUGUUGUUGUGAACAUUUAGCGUUGCGGU